AUGUCUCGAUCUGGUACCACCCUCUAUGUCACGGGUUUUGGUCAUGGCACUCGUGCCCGUGACCUUGCCUAUGAGUUUGAACACUAUGGUCGUCUGGUCAGGUGUGACAUUCCUGCUCCCAGAACUGCAUCAAGCCGUCUCUUUGCCUUUGUCGAAUACGAGAGCCGUCGCGAUGCUGACGACGCCUAUCAUGAGAUGCAUAACAAGCGAAUCGGUCGUGAUGAUGUCUUGAAGAUCGAGUGGGCUCGUACCCCCCCAUCUGCCACCUGGCGAUAUGAAGCCGGUCGUGGCCGUCGCGAUCGAACUCCUCCUCGCCGUUCCGCUCGUUCUCCCUCCCCCCGACGCCGCGACUAUUCCCCCCGCAAAGACGACCGCCGCCACCGUGACCGAGACCGGGAAAGAGACCGGGACCGAGAUUACGACGACCGUCGCCGCUCUCGCAGCCCUGCAGAUCGCGACCGUGAUCGAGACCGAGACCGGGACAUGAAAGAUGACCGAGACCGCCGCGAUGACGACCGCGAUGGGGCUGCGAAUGGCGAUGACCGGAAAGCUCUGGACUCCCCUCCCCCAGCUCAUGAUGAGCUCGAUACCGCGGAAUGA